CUGUCUCGAAAAAAAAAAAAAAAAAUCUGAUUGGCAAUUGGUGGAAAGAGUUAUUAUCAGUAGAAGGGAAUGUCUGAUUACAAUAUGGGGUUAUGGAGAUGAAGGUUUUAUCACAGAUGAAGGCACCAGGUCACAGGCCUCAGAGAGAAGCAACUAUAAAUGCUUCUCGUCCGACUCAAGGUCUGAGGUGAUGCUGAUGCUGGUCAGCUGUGCCUGAAUUCCAACAGGGAGGACGCACGAGGCGCGUCCUACCCCCUUCCCAUCAUGGCUGAGCUAGUUUUUCAGGUUAACUUUGGAAUGCCCGUGGCUGAGACCAGGGGUCCAUUCAGACAGUUCAGGGCUUAUAAUUUUAUUUUUGGUUUAUGAGGGAACCUAGAAGGCAGCCCACACACACCUCACUCCUCCCAGUGGGGGACACCGGCCAGACCCCAGGCUCCACCUUCCCACCCUCAGCACCCACCCAGGCUAGCAGCUGGGGGCACCUUAGUGCCUGUUCUGUGGGGGCUCCACCAGACAGUGCAACUGAUGCCCAGGGCUGAGGGGCCUCUGCCUGGGAGGCUCUUCACCUGCCUGGGUACAGGACCCCAGAAGGACCCCAGGCCACUCCUGGCCUGCCCACGCCCACAGGAAUCCUGACCUUGGGCUGCAUGUCUGUUGCACCAGAACCCUCCCAGGGCUGACUCAGAGUGACCCUGAGUGGGGGAUGCUCACCCCAGGGGAAGAAACUGGGCUCUGGGGUAGGAGGUCCUGGCUGGGGUCCCACAGAUGCCAGGCGCCUGCCAUCUCCAGGGCGGCGCUGGCAUGGGAGACAACACUGCUCCCUCAUUACCUGUGGCCUGGCUACCUUAGUGGCCCAAAGGGGCUCACGUGAUCAUGGUGCAGUGACCACAGGACCCCCACAUGCCAGGAACUGGGUUCGCUUCACCCCACCCCCUGCACCGGGCCAGCGAGGGGAUGACCCAAGGGGGGAGGACCAUUUGGCUUCACCAGCACUGGACAUGUGCUCUGUGGCCACCCCCUCUGCCUCCUCUCUGGCCCACAGGGGUGUGGGACGGCUGUGAUUCUCACGGGCCUGGGUGACUCCAGCACGACUUCCCUCUCCGGGACGUCACUGGUGGCAGCUGCUUCCUUCCAGAGCCUGCAGGAGGCCACAGGCUCCAUCCUGCUUCAGAGCUGCCAGCUGCUCCCGCGACGGCUGAGCGCCUGAGCGUGAACGGGAGAAUGGAAGCAGCCGCACAGGGGAGGUCCCGAACGGUAUUGCAUCGUGGCGACGGGGCAGGUCAUCCCUGAGUGCCUCCUUACCCUGGAAAGGGCCGUGUCCCCCCGCCUCGGCAUUCAGUUCAGUGGGGCCACCCUGGGCCACAGUGCCAAGCAGUGUCCGGGCCAGACGCUUCCCGGACUUGGCUGGACGGGCCUGGCACAAGGCCACCUGUAGGGACGGCAGCACAGACCCACUCAGCGCAACCCUGCCUGCAAACAGGGCCAGGGUGCAGCCCAGACGCCCCCCAGGCUGGGGCCACCAUCAGCACCACCGCUGCCGCCCAAGGAGGGGCACCAGGAGGGGCUGGUGGAGCUGCCCGCCUCGUUCCGGGAGCUGCUCACCUUCUUCUGCACCAACGCCACCAUCCAUGGUACCAUCCGCCUGGUCUGCUCCAGCAGGAACCGCCUCAAGACGACGUCCUGGGGGCUGCUGUUCCUGGGAGCCCUGGUCACACUCUGCUGGCAGCUGGGGCACCUCUUGGAGCAUCACUGGCACCGCCCGGUCCUCAUGGCCGUCUCUGUGCACUCAGAGCGCAAGCUGCUCCCGCUGGUCACCCUGUGUGACGGGAACCCACGCCGGCCGAGGCUGGUCCUCCGCCAUCUGGAGCUGCUGGACGAGUUUGCCAGGGAGAACAUCGACUCCCUGUACAAGGUCAACUUCAGCAAAGGCAGAGACGCGCUCUCCGCCGCCGUCCCCCGCCGCGAGCCGCGCUUCCACCUGGACCGGGAGAUCCGUCUACAGAGGCUGAGCCACUCGGGCAGCCGGGGCAGAGUGGGGUUCAGACUGUGCAACAGCACGGGCGGCGACUGCUUCUACCGCAGCUACGCGUCCGGCGUGGCGGCCGUGCAGGACUGGUACCGCUUCCACUAUGUGGACAUCCUAGCCCUGUUGCCCGAGGUGUGGGAGGACAGCCACGGGCGCCAGGACGGCCACUUUGUCCUCUCCUGCAGUUACGACGGCGUGGACUGCCAGGCCCGGCAGUUCCGGACCUUCCAUCACCCCACCUAUGGCAGCUGCUAUACGGUUGACGGUGUCUGGACAGCUCAGCGCCCUGGCAUCACCCACGGAAUCGGCCUCGUCCUCAGGGUUGAGCAGCAGCCUCACCUCCCUCUGCUGUCCACGAGGGCCGGCGUCAAGGUCAUGGUUCACGGCCGUAACCACACGCCCUUCCUGGGGUACCACAGCUUCAGCGUCCGGCCAGGGACGGAGGCCACCAUCAGCAUCCGAGAGGAUGAGGUGCACCGGCUCGGGAAGCCCUACAGCCACUGCACGUCAGGCGGGGAGGGCGUGGAGGUGGAGCUGCUACACAACACCUCCUACACCAGGCAGACCUGCCUGGUGUCCUGCUUCCAGCAGCUGAUGGUGGAGACCUGCUCCUGUGGCUACUACCUCUACCCGCUGCCGACGGGGGCUGAGCACUGCAGCUCUGCCCGGCACCCUGCCUGGGGACACUGCUUCUACCGCCUCUACCAGGACCUGGAGACCCACCGGCUCCCCUGUACCUCCCGCUGCCCCAGGCCCUGCAGGGAGUCUGCAUUCAAGCUCUCCUCUGGGACCUCCAGGUGGCCUUCCGCCAAGUCGGCUGGCUGGACUCUGGCUGCGCUUGGUGAACAGGGGCUGCCACGUCAGAGCCACAGACAGAGGAGCAACCUGGCCAAAAUCAACAUUGUCUACCAGGAGCUCAACUACCGCUCGGUGGAGGAGGCGCCCGUGUACUCGGUGCCGCAGCUGCUCUCAGCCAUGGGCAGCCUCUGCAGCCUGUGGUUUGGGGCCUCCGUCCUCUCCCUCCUGGAGCUCCUGGAGCUGCUGCUUGACACUUUGGCCCUCACCCUGUUGCUGGGCGGACGCCGGCUCCGCAGGGUGUGGUUGUCCUGGCCCAGAGCCAGCCCUGCCUCAGGGGCAUCCAACAUCAAGCCAGAGGCCAGUCACAUGCCCACGCCUGCAGGUGCGACGUCAGACAACCUGGGGCCCAGCGGGCCUCAUCUCCCACAGAUGAUGCUUCCAGGGGCUCUGGAGAGAGUCUCAGCUGAAGAGAGUUGGGCUGGGCCCCAGCCCCAUGAGACUCUGGACACCUGAACCAGACCUGCCAGGGCUGUGUGAUCUCUCGGCCUGGUCCUUGGAGCUGUGGCAGCAGCAAGCUCCCCAGUGGCCCAGGGUGGGCCCGACCAGCGGCUGCAGGGCCUUCCCAGGUCAUCCAGUGGCCGAGGAAGCAGCACGCGCGGCCGUGGGGAGGCAGGGCGCUGGGCAUGUCAGCGCCUCUGGUCAACCACCCACCCUGCCUGGGGCGGGUCUGAAGGAGGCCCAGGGUGGAGGGGGCUUCCUGAGUGCACACGAGUGCAGCUGGAGGUGCUGACACAUGGUGAUGUGCCCAUGCUCCGUGUGUGUCUCUGCACAUCCACACGUCUGAUGCACCUAUGUGCGUGUGUCAAUCGCUGCCUCAGCUGGGGGGAGGCAGAAGGCAAGGCGGGGCCCCCACGCCCACACGGGCUGCUCUGAAAUAAAGCUGUGGACUCCA